AUGGCUGCCAGAGUCAAGGACGCUCUUCCCUCGCACUUGAAGCCGUCUGCCGCGGGCAAUGGCGACUCAGACGGGUUUGCCAGGAAACACCAUGGCAAGACUCAAUCCCAUGUGACCUCUGGCCGCCUGUUUGCUGCGCAGCGACUUGGGUUCGACGUAUCCAUCGACGAGGCUAUCCUGGCCGACGAGAGGGCCCUGCAUCAUUACGCCGCAGGCGCACCGUUCCCUGCGAAACCCGAAAUUCGGCGAUCCCCUGCUAUACGAGAGUCCAAUAUACCUGCUCGCCAGUUUUGCGUUCAUAGAAGUGGUAACAUCGAUGUCCUGUACUACGACGGCACCACCGACCUCGUCUCCGAGGAUGAGCAAAAUUCUCACCACAGCCAUCCGGGCAUGUUCGACUGUCGCUCCUGUUCGCCGCGUGCUUUCUCUUUCGACGAGCCGCAGCAGCAAGGCUCUGUCAUACUGUAUGGGGGAACACUGGACACACCUGAGGCAGCCUCCGAUGCGGGUCUCGAUAUCCCUGAACGGUUGUCGGACGAGGAUGUCAAGGCUGAGGUGCUCGCCCUCUUGGACGGACAGCCCGGGCCUGCUACAUGGCAUUCCAACGAUGCAAGAACUGCCCAAUCAUAUCUGGCGGGACAAUGCGAAGAACAACUCCUCGAUUCUAUGGAUGUGGACUCGCAGAAGGCAUUCGAGAACACCCAGACCUCUGUCGCCGCGUCGCAAAUGCGCAAUGCUCUCAACAACCUCUGCGAUACAGUCAAGGACCCUGAAGAGAAGAAGAGAUUCGAAACUGAAAUGGACAACUUCUUCGCCCUCUUCAGGAGAUACCUAAACGACAAGGCCAAGGGUAACGCCAUUGAGUGGUCGCGCAUCGCACCGCCGAAGCCAGAGCAGGUCAUCAACUACAACGAUCUUCCCGCCUCCGAGAACAUCGACUUCCUGAACAAGCUGGCCGUAGUUAAGCUCAAUGGCGGUCUCGGUACCUCCAUGGGUUGUGUUGGCCCCAAGUCCGUCAUCGAAGUCCGAGACGGCAUGUCUUUCCUCGACUUGUCUGUCAGGCAGAUCGAGUACCUCAACCGGACAUACGAUGUCAACGUACCUUUCGUGCUCAUGAACUCCUUCAACACCGAUGCAGACACCGCCAGCAUCAUCAAGAAGUACGAAGGCCACAACAUUGACAUCAUGACCUUCAACCAGUCAAAAUACCCUCGCAUUCUCAAGGACUCCCUGCUACCCGCGCCCAAGUCUGCCGACUCCGACAUUGCCAACUGGUAUCCACCAGGGCACGGUGACGUGUUCGAAUCCAUGUACAACUCCGGCAUCCUCGACAAGCUCAUUGACCGCGGCAUCGAGAUCAUCUUCCUUUCCAACGCGGACAACCUGGGCGCUGUGGUCGAUCUACGGAUCCUCCAGCACAUGGUCGACUCCAAGGCCGAGUACAUCAUGGAGUUGACUGACAAGACCAAGGCCGACGUCAAGGGUGGUACCAUCAUUGACUACGAAGGCCAGGCACGUCUGCUCGAAAUCGCCCAGGUUCCCAAGGAGCACGUCAACGAGUUCAAGUCGAUCAAGAAGUUCAAGUACUUCAACACCAACAACAUUUGGAUGAACCUCAAGGCGGUCAAGCGCGUUGUCGAGAACAACGAACUGGCCAUGGAGAUUAUUCCGAACGGGAAGUCCAUCCCGGCCGACAAGAAGGGCGAGGCAGAUCUCAGCGUCCUCCAGCUCGAGACCGCUGUCGGCGCUGCCAUCCGUCACUUCCACGGUGCCCACGGUGUCAACGUGCCCCGCCGACGCUUCUUGCCCGUCAAGACCUGCUCGGAUCUCAUGCUCGUCAAGUCGGAUCUGUACACGCUGCAGCACGGCCAGCUCAUGAUGGACCCGAACCGCUUCGGUCCGGCUCCUCUCAUCAAGCUGGGCAGCGACUUCAAGAAGGUGUCCAGCUUCCAGGCGCGCAUCCCAAGCAUUCCCAAGAUUGUCGAGCUCGACCACCUCACGAUCACCGGUGCCGUCAACCUAGGCCGGGGUGUCACGAUGAAGGGUACGGUCAUCAUCGUCGCUACCGAGGGUAGCACGAUCGAUAUCCCACCAGGGUCCAUCUUGGAGAACGUGGUGGUCCAGGGUAGCUUGAGGCUGUUGGAGCACUAA